AUGUUUGGCUCAAAACUCAAUUCUAUUGUGGCUUUGGUUAUGAAUGGAACUGUAGAUUCACCUGCAAGAAUGAUAAAAAUGGAGGAAUUGGAUGCUUUGCAAAAUGCAAUUGCAAAGGUUAAGCAAAUCGUCGAAGGGAAGGUACCUGCUGUGGAAUAUAUGGAGAUUUAUAGUGAAAUCUAUACAAAAUGCUAUUGUGUGGAUCGGAGGACGAUGCAAUCCAAAUAUGAGAAAACUUUAGAAGAUUAUAUCAAUUCAACAGUUGCCCCCGCAUUGAGGGAGAAAGAAGAUGAGUUUCUUUUGACAGAAGUUGUGAAGCAAUGGGAAUAUUACAAGCAAAUGGUUAGAUUUCUAUUGAGACUUGUGUUUUUUCGUUUGACCUGUGAUCCUUGUAACAGAUCAAAACCCGAGGAAGCUGCUCAGAGAUGCUUCGUUGAAAUGGUUUUAAAUGAAAUUUUGUGCAGCAAUUUGCAGGCUGCUAUGAUGGUUGAAAUUCAUAAAAUGCGGGAAGGUCAGAGCAUUCUGGACGGGACUGUAUCGAAGGAUGUUGUGUGUAUGCUUUGGGCUUUUGGGAUGGACUACUAUAAAGAUUUAGAGCUGGCCAUUUUUGAAAGUAGCAAAAUAUGCUAUUCCAGAAAGGCUGCCUCAUGGAUAUGUGAGUAUUCUUGUCCAGAUUAUUUGUUGAAGGUUGCUAAGCAUUUGAGGUUGGAGAAAGAAACAAUUGCAAUGCAUUGUGUGCAUCAGAGUAGCCAAACUAGGUAUCCAGAAAUGGUAGAAAAUGAACUUCUUUGCAAGCAUGAAUGUCAACUUUUGAAGGAAGAUUCAUAUUGCCAUCCAUUGUUGAGAAAUGAGAAGAUGGAUGAUCUUUCAGAGAUGUUUAUCUUGUUUUCUGGAAUAGAUAAGGGCAUUCAGCUCUUGGCCAAAAUAUUUAGACAGCAUGUUACUAGGCAUGGGACAUUAUUGAUCAAACAUGGAGGACAGAUGGUGGCAGAGGCAAUAAAGGCAAAUGAUCAAAAAGAAGUGAUUGCAAGUGAGAAAGAUCAGUUUGUGAUGAGUAUUAUCCAGUUGCAUGAGAAAUACAUGCAAUGUGUGGAGGAGAAGUUUAGUAACCACUGCCUUUUCAUAAAUGCACUCAUGGCAGCCUUCCAGAGUUUUUGCAAUGAACAAGUUGCAGGAAACAGUAUUUGGGAAUUGUUGGUCAUAUUUUGUGACAAUAUUUUGACAAAUAGAAACAUGACAUAUUCAGAAGUUGAAGAUGCCCUUGAUAAGGUUGCAAAGAUCUUUCACUGCGCCUGUCACAAUGACAUGGUUGCAGAUUUUUACAGGAAGAAGCUCACAGAUAGGCUUUUUUCCCAUAUAAGUUCAAGUCCUGAUUAUGAAAAAAGCAUGUUAGUUAAGUUGAAGUUUGAGUGUGGAAGAGAAUUUAUAUCUAAAAUGGAGGGCAUGCUUAGUGAUUGGGCAUUGGCAAAGAAAACACAAUUAGAUUUUGAGGAAUACCUCAGUCAGAAUCCUCUUCAUCCAUGUUCUGGAAUUGAAUUCUCUGUGACAGUUUUGACAUCUGGAUUCUGGCCAAGCUAUAGGUCACCUGAAUCACUUGUCCUUCCUGUUGAAAUGGUGAGACAUUUAGAGUCAUUCAAAGAGUUCUAUAAGAGAGAAAACAUGAACAGAAGGUUAACAUGGAAACAUUCUAUGGGAACAUGCACUAUUACUGGAAGAUUUGACCAAGGUGAAAUUCAAUUAGUUGGAACACCUUGUCAUGCAAGUGCUCUAUUGUUGUUCAAUGAAACAGAGAGGCUAAGUUUUUCACAAGUUAAAUCCCAGUUGAAUUUGGAAGCUGAAGAUACAAUUGCAUUGCUGAAUUCCCUUGCCUGUUCAAAAUACAAAAUCCUAAGUAAAUUUCCUAAUGGCCAAUCUGUGAUAGAAACAGAUUAUUUUGAAUUCAAUGCAAAAUUUUCUUGUAUCAAGAGGAAGAUUAGAUUUCUGGCACCUACAGCCAAUGUGAAAGAAAAUGUUGGGAAGGUUUUGUUUCAAGAUAGACAUCAUAUAAUUGAUGCUUCCAUUGUAAGAGUUAUGAAGAGCAGAAAAGUAUUAUCUCAUAAGGAGUUAGUGAUGCAAUGCAUUGAGCAGGUUAAAGACAGGUUUAAACCAGAUAUGAAGGAAAUUAAAAGGAGAAUUGAAAAUCUGAUUGAUAGGGAAUACUUAGAAAGAGAUGAAGAAAAUCCUGACAUGUACAAUUACAUCGUAUGA